AACAGUCACUCCUGUGUUAAUGGAGAAUCAAAGCGCACGGAGUCCGCAUCUAGCAUUAAAGCACCUGCUGCGUGAAAUGCGGCUCUAUUGGAUGAUUAUCGACGAUCAUGUUUUAAUCCUAGUGGAAUGACUCCAUCCUUCAUCCCGAAGUACGAAAGAUCUUAAGACUACGGGAGACGGAUGAUUUCUGUGUAGAUCGGACUGGUGGAAAUGUUCCACGUCUGGAGCCGCAUCAGUCGGGCGUAUGUCUUAAGUCUGCUCCGCUCUAUUUUGUAAUGACGGUAAUCGCGAAGAAGGGACUGACGAGGACAAAUAAGAAGAAACAUGGAGCAGAUCGGUAGCCUUGGAAGUUCAAGGUUGGAGUCGUCGCCAGCCUUUUUCCCUGCGAUGGAGAGCAUGGAGUCUGCGUGGCUCGGUGACCGAUUACAAGAUAUACCGCAGAUGGUGGCUGAACUUCGGCUUGUGAAUGACAGCCUCAAACAGGCUAAAAAGCUCCUGCAAGAUUUAUGUGACUCAUGUGGAUCCACCCAGCACGACGGGGACGCUGCACUUGAGGGCUUGAUGGCCUCUCUCCAGCCCCUGAGGGAGCGGCACCCCUCCAUGGCUCAUCCCCCUUUAAGCCAUGCCAUCUCAGCCCUUCUCGACUCCCUCAAAGAAGCACUGCGUCCGAGCAGGACAUCCGAGACGAAGCGCUACAGCGAGAUCUUCCGUGAUUUCGACAACCUGGAGCUGUCGCUCAUCCAUGAGACUGUGGAGGACCUGCUACCAGACCCUGAGACCAUAUCCAACGCAGAGACGGAAACCACAGACAUCACGGAUCCGGAAGAACUGACGCCUGAAGAAGGCAACGACAUUGAGAUUCGGGCUGAUGAAGACCAAAAAGAAGGAUCUUCAGCAGCCCAGGAUGCAGACCUGGUGCUGCGCCGGCACGAGGGUGGUGUGGAUCUGGCCCUGCAGUACUCCAAGACGUGGUGCCGCUAUGCUAAAGAUCUGCUCACCUGGAUGGAGAAAAGAUUCAGCUUAGAGCAAGAGUUUGCCAAGAAUGUCACCAAGGCAGCAGAAGCAACCAAAUCUUGCGUCUCUCAGCAGGACUGUAUGCCUCUGCAGUACGUCUACAUCAUGAUCAUGGAGCGUGACAUGAAGAACAGCCAAGAGGCCAAAAAGACCGGAGAGAUGCUGCAUCAGCGUUGCUACCAGGCUCUCGCAGCGAAGAAGAACGAAAUAGACAAAUGGCGACGGGAGUUCAAGGAGCAGUGGGCGAAGGAGCAGAAAAAGAUGAACGAGGCGGUGUCAGCACUGAAGAAGGCCCGGCAGCAGUACAUCCAGCGCUGCGAGGACCUGGAGAAGGCCAAGGCUAUGAGCAGCAAGGCCGAAGAGGAGCUGGGCGGCUACAAGACGCUCGACAAGCGCAGGAAGUCCAGGGAUGAGGCGCAGACCAAGAUGAAGGAGGCAGAGGUGCAGUACAGGCAGUGUGUGACCGACGCCAACGCACACCAGGAGGAUCUGGAGAAGGUGAAAGAGAAGAUCAUCGCCCACAUCCGCAAGCUCAUCCAGCAGGGUGACACCGUGUUGAAGGAGGCCACAGUGAACAUGUUUCACUACCUGCGUCUGCACACGGAGGCCAUCCCCCAGGGCUACUUCAGCCUGGAGCAGACCUGCCGGCCCUACGAGCCCGGCGAGCCGUACCUGACCUACAUCCUGAAACAGCAGCGCCGUUCCCAGCCGCUCCAGGCCUUCAUCUUCCAGGAGUUCGCCCCACAGAGCAGGAGGUCUCCCCCUAGUAGCCGACGCAAAACCAGCAACCCCAUUGGACCCGACUUGGAUGACCGGCCCAGCAGCUAUGGAGACAGCAAGAAGGCCGGCUGCAGUGACUCCGAUAGCAUUGGGGGGAGCAUGGAGUCUCUGACCAGCCCAGCCCGGAAGCUCCUGAAAGCAACUUCCACCGGCACCAUGUCAUCCGAUGACCUGGAGGACAAGGAGCUGGGGAUUUCAUAUGAAAUGGACCCCACUGAGGACGGCAAUGGGACACUAGGGGCCGUGUGCAAAAUGCGCACGCCGUCCAGAGCCGCGCUGACGCACAAAUUAAAGAAGACAAAGAGCAAGAUGUCCAGGUGCAAGCAGUGCGACAACUACCUCCUGGUGCACGGUCUCGAGUGCGAGGAGUGUGGCCUGGCAGUGCACAGGAAGUGCCUGGAAGCGUGCCAGAUAGAGUGCGAUCACAAGAAAGGCACAGUGUUCGGGGUCAGAUUCUCCUUGGUGCAAACUGACAGCUCGGGGGAGGUGCCGUUCCUGGUGCAGCGCUGUACCACUGAGAUUGAGAGCCGGUGUCUGACCGUGCAGGGCGUGUAUCGCGUCAGCGGUUCCAAACCUCGCAUCCAGAAGCUCUGCCAGGCCUUCGAGACGCAGAAGGACCUGGUUGAUCUCGCCGACGUCUCGCCCCAUGACAUCACAUCCAUCCUCAAGCACUUCUUCAAAGAGCUUCCAGAGCCGUUGAUGACCAGCGACCUGAAUGAUGACUUCAUCAUGGUGGGCAGGGUCAUCCAAGGCCUGGCCGAGAAGGAGCCAACUCCCGAAACCACCGGAAUGAUAGAAAAUAUCGUACAGAGCUUGCAGGGGCUUCUGAAGAAACUGCCCUUGUAUAACUACAACACGCUACAUCACAUGAUCACGCACUUGCACAGGGUAGCGGAAAAUGAUGAGGAAAACAAGAUGUCCCCUGCCAACCUGGGCAUCGUGUUUGGCCCCACCCUCCUGGGCCCCCUGGAGUCCGGAGAUGUGACCGAGAUGACCUUGAUGACUAACUCCCAGUCCCAGAUCGUGGAGUUCCUCAUCUCGCACCACGAUAAGGUCUUCAGCCCCCAGACGGAAGUCAGCCUCCUGACCACCACGUCCCACCCGGAAACUCCGAACAGCAAGACCUCCAUGCCUCUGCAUAAUAGCACCCCCCAGGACUCGAAGCCCUUGGCCCAGGAACGACCACGGUCCUUAGAGAAUCACACGCUCAAGAGAGACUCCAGUGAGGGCUAUAUAUCGGACAAGUCUUCGUCCAAUGAGGCGGUGGACCAGCUCAGCCCUGAGACCAAUGAGGGAGCAGUCCUGGCUCUGAACGUGUCCUUGACCCCUUCCCCAAGCGGCCCGGCCCCAGCCCCCGACACACUCCCCGGGCAGCCGCAGGAACACGUGAGCAAGCAGUCGACCAAGUACCAGCUCCCGUCCUCGGCGCUCGGCGCUCACCUGCGUGCCGCGGUCCUGCGAAUGGGUCAGGGAGCGGAGGAGGAGAGGAGCGCGAGUCGGGAGAGAGGGGAGCCCAGGAGCACCAACAGCAGCCGCAGCUCAUCCCCUGAGCAUGGAGUCAUGAGGCAUUCCAGGCGCCGGCUAGAGAUCACCCCAGAGACGGCGCGGCUGCUCAACAAAGCCGGACACUCCCCCAGCAUGCAGGCUCACUCACACCUGUCUCCAGUCAAGCAUGAGGCGGGACCAGAUGCGUCCAAUGGUACGCCGGCUUACUCAGGGGAAGCGGAGUCAAAGGAUAAAAGGCAUUCGUUGGGCAAACUGAACAGCAAUCAGUCCAAUAACAAGCCAGGAGACCGGGGGCGGGACUCAAAUCGGCAAAUCAAGAGGCACCCACCAGAUGAGAGGACUGCCCAACAGAUCCUGUCUGGACUGAAACUGAAACGUAAUCACUCAGGAAAGGGAGAGCAGGUCCAGUUUGUGUGAGGGGAAAUGGACAUAUGAUACAAGCUGGAGUCUGGCGGGGUGACACCUCCAUCCCCCUGGCAACGAUAUACGCUGCCCGGACGAAAAACGUUGCCAUUUCAGAGCCAAUCAUUGGAUCAUUAUUACAGCUCAGCAACAUUAUGCAGCAAUAAAGCGAAGUCAGCUGGGUACCUGAAUCUCCUGAACGCCCAGGUUACCCCAUCAGUGGAUUUUGUUCUUCCCUGUUGGCACGGGCAUAUUCCAGGACGAUAAUGCCCAGACUCAUCACCCUCGAAUUGUCGCAGAGUGGUUCAGGGAGCACUAGGGGGUCUUGCCCGUAACCACAUUGAAGGUCUUUGGCAUAUGCCGUAGAAGAUUUUACAGAGUGGUUCAGCUCCUGCCUUCAAUACAAGAUCCAAGCGCGAAAUGAAUGUGAAUCUGGAUGAAGAUAAAUGUUGAGAUGUGGAAGCAACGCCAUGGCGACCUAGUCAAAGCUAAAGGCGGGCCAAUCAAUGAAAGCUAAAGGCGGGCCAAUCAGUGAAAGCUAAAGGCGGGCCAAUCAAUGAAAGCUAAAGGCGGGCCAAUCAAUGAAAGCUAAAGGCGGGCCAAUGAGAUAUUAAAGUGUGAUUUUUUAUUUUUUUUGGCUGGGCAGUGUAUAAAAAUAGAGACCUUCACACAGGAAUACACACGUACAGAACCGUUUUUUUUUUUUUUUUUAAACUAUGAUUGUACUUGGUUCCCUGCUGAGUCUGUUCAUAUUGAGAUAUAAAUGACAUUAUUAAAAAGACUUUAUACUCAGUCAUGGGUGUGAUGUACUACGCAGAUGUACUAUGACAUACACAGAACACCUCUUUUAAACAUCCCUGCCUUUUGUCAUAUUUUGAAUAUAUGGAGGCACACGCAGCGGAUUUGAUUGGUUAUUGAGAUGAGCUGGAUUCUGAUUGGACAAUCAGGAAUCGUGACUAUGCGAGUUGAGCAAUGACGGUACAGCGGUGCAGGUUACCUUCCUGAGUGCAAUGCCAGGUGUGGAUUAUACCCAGCUUGGCCUCAGGCUACUCUAAUUAUCCUUCACAGUCCUUAUGUGAGAUGAGUCGGUCUUGGUCUUGGUCUUGGUCGCCACGAUGUACAAAAAAAAUGAAUAAAGAUUCACACCUUCUUUGUCUUCUUCA